CCCUACGUCAUCGCCUCCAUCGCCCGAAUUAUCGAAUUAUCUUGAUAUACAAAACAGCAAAUACAUACCUUUGACAGCUCUAGUUAUCCACAUCCCACGUUACAGGGAAACUUACUUUCUCCCAACUAUUUCUAAAUUAACUUAACCUAUUACUUGCUAUUAUUUCCAAGCAACUUCAUCUACACGCGCGAUGUCUCUCGACCCAGUUACCAGUGGCCUAGGCCGUGGCCUACCCGUCAACAAAGUCACCGACACAGCCACCGACACAGUCCAAUCGACCGCCCAAAAGCCCGUCCAACAAGUCACGGAAACGACCAAACCCCUCACCGACCCGGUCAUGCCGGGCGAAUUCCCUUCAGAAGACCGAUCCCGCAAGGACGCCGACCAGCCUCCACCCGAGAUCAACUUCCGCGGCCUCUGGGCCGGAAUCACCCACUGGUUCGCAUCGAUGAUACCUCAGGCCUUUGACGGCUUCGAGUGGCUAGUGACAUGGCUCGUGAACCGGUACCUGCCACCACCGAAACAGGCGGCACUGUACGAGGAGGCGCUGAAGCGACCUAUUGCGUCGACGUUUCUCGUUUGCCAGGCGAUAUGCUGCGGUGUGCCGCUGUUAGUAUUCCUGGUCGGAGUGGUUAUAUUUGCGAUUAUCGCGGUCUUGUUGUGGGCGGUCUUGGCGCUGUUGAUUCUCGGACCGAUUCUGCUUGUUGCGAGUAUGAUGGGAGUUUCGUUGUGGGGUUGGGGGUGGGUUUUGUAUGGAUUGCUUAAGUGGGUGGAUCGACGGUUUUUGGGUGGCAUGAUUGCGCGCUUUUGGCUGCCGAAGACGCAGGAGGUAGAGAAGGAAGCGAAGAAUGGUGACGGGGAGACGGGCCAGGGUGAGAUGGGGACGGAGACGGAGACGGGGGUGGAUGAGAAGAAGGAUAAAUGAGGUGCCGUCAAGUCAUGGUUUUGAUUUUGAAGUUUUGGAUGAAAUUGUUACAUGAACAGCUAUGAUAAUGGAAGCUGUUCGUUUGGGUUGCCUUUAUUUUUGCUUCUUUCCGUCGCAUAUGCAGAUGUGGAAUGAGAUAUGAUUCACUCUCUAACGCAUGGCGCGUGUGAUGUACUCCGGAUAAAGUAUAGAUAUCACACACGAGACCGAGGACCAUCUACUUCUCCACCAAGGGAUUCCGACGGCGGCAGGGUCGCCUGAUG